UCGUCGCCCUCCAGGGGGGGGGGCCCGCGGCGAGCAUGCCGCGCGAGCAGGGGCGCCGCCGCGACGCGCGGCAGGCGCGCUACUCGGCGAGGGCGGGGCUGGUGGAUCGCCGGGCGCUGACCCAGGAGGAGCCCUCUGCUCCGGGGAGGGCUUGCUGCAGGCCUGCUGGGUCUUCCGAGAAGGCGAUCGACCGCAGUGACACUCGCGGCUUCGGCAUCAGACAGCUGGCCAGCGUCUGCGUGGACGCUCUUCUGGCCGCGCCGGCCGCCGUCGGCUGGACGGAGACGAUUUCGCUGCUGGACUACGCCUCGUGGAAGGACAGGGACUCGCACGUGCUCCUGCUGCUCAACGCCGGCGCAGACCCCAGCGCCGGCGCCCUGGCGCCGGGGGCGCUAGACCGGCUGCCGCGCCCCUACGCGGCGUGGGUGGCCAAGGCUGCGGCCGCCAUGAGGAGGGCGGGUGCCGACUUGGGCGCCGCCGCGGGGCCCGCGUCCAAGGACGGCCCGCGGCCGCCCGCGGCCUGCGCCUGCGGCUCGACCGCCUCGCUGCGCUUCCUGCCCUGCGGCCACCCGUGCUGCGCGCGGUGCCCCUGGCUGCCGUUCCUGCGCGGCCGCGCGGCGCCGCCCGCGGAGGAGGGCACCGAGGGGGAGGAGGCGGACCUGUGCUGCGUGCCCGAGCUCGCCUGCCCCCGGCGCUGCGGCGAGUGCCAGCCCGACAGCUGCGCUCGGAGG